UCCCUGCUCGUCCACUUGAUGUCUCUUUUGAAUUAAGUGCUCGUGUGUUCUCACUUGCUACCCAAUUAAUCAAAACAAGCUCUAACAAGGAUAUGGUAGUGGCUAGUAUUCAGAUACAAGUGUCAUGGAUUUUAGUUGGUUCGCUAAUGUGUCUUGGGCCCAAUUUUGUCAAAUUGCACCUUCCGCAAUUGCUGCUUUUGUGGCAAACAGCAUUACCAAAGCCCAAUUCGAAGGACCUUGUCACAAACCGCACUGAAACAGAAUGGUCAUUCAUGUUUCAUGUUCGUGAAUGUGCUUUAGGUGCUAUGCUUAGUUGUAUAUUACACAACUCCAAAAUCAUUUCUCCGGAUGUAGCCAAAAGGCUUUCUGCUUUGUUGAGUAAUACUCUGGUCUUUGUUUCAUCGGCUCCUUCAAACUUUUCAAGUACAAAUACUCCUAAUGGCUCAACAACUUCAGUAACUUCACACCUCCCUUCAGCUUCGCUAAAACUCUCAGAUCACGAGAUGUUAUUAAAACGUCGUUUGUUACAAUGUUUUGUCGCAAUUCGGCCCGUAUCUUCUUACGAGAAUUUAAGUACGCAGCUCCUAAAAUUGAGCCUAUCAUAUUUUGCAGACCCCGAAAAAUACUUGGGAUCUUCUAUAAUCGCAGCUAUUGCCGCCGUAUCAGGAUCCUUUACGAGUGUUUGGACUGUUGGAGAUGAGAGUGCCUUUGGAGUUACUAGUAGAUUACAGGGAAUGAAUGUUGACAUUGCUAAUGUGGCACAUAGUGAUCAAAGUAAAAGUGCUGGUAGAGUAACAACCAAAGAUUGGUUAAAUCGAGAUUUGGUUGAAAGUCGCCUAGAAGAUCAGCUUGAACAAGCUAUAAUUGGGGCUCCAGAGUAUGACUCGCUGAUGAUAUACACAACCUAUUGGGAAUUAUCUUUAUCAUGUAUUCCCAAACCUGUUCCGGUGGUUUCCGCGCUCGUGGACUAUAGCAUUGAGCUUUUUGC